UUAAGAGAAAUUAUCAGUCAACUAUCUCAUCUCAUCUAUUCAAUUACAUUGAAAUUGAAAAGUUACGAUUAACAAAAUGGCUUUAAGACUAAUCAACUUAAGUGUUUUACUUUUAUUACUAUUCAACUAUUCCUACGCCUCACAUUCAGAAGCUGCAGCGGCUUCUGGAGCUGCUGCUAGUAGUUCGGGUACUAGUGAUGCUAAUGGUUCUUCUGGUUCAACAGCAACAUCAAGUACCAAAGAUUCUCAAUCAGGUAACGAUGGUGCUACUGCGAUGUCACAAGCUGCAGCAGGAGCUUCAGCGACCGAUAAUGGUUCGGGUACUGGUGGUUCUAAUGGUUCUUCGAGUUCAGCAGCAACAUCAAAUGCCAAUGGUUCUCAAACAGGUAACUACCCAAGUACUGCUAAUGCUGAUGAUUCUUCUAAAACAGAAACAACUGGAUCCAAUUCAAACGCAGUAGCUUCCUCUGGAGCUGAUUCAACUGGCACAACUUAUCCAGAUAUCUCAAAACCCACAUCAGAUAUGUUGGCUUUAGAAAUACCUGAUCUAUCGUAUGGUAUUGGUGGUGUUGGUGCUGGUGUUGGUUUAGGUUUUUUUCCUUAUUUAGAUGACUCCAAUAUGCCUGAUGAAUCGCCAGACAUUAGUUCAAUUUCAACUUCUCAAUCCGAGUCUGAAGCUUAUUCUGGUUCUGAUUCUGACGAGUCAGAUAUGAAGAAUACAAUUAUGUCAGUUCAAAUGGGCCCAGGUGCUCCUCAAAAUGCUCCUUCUCUGCCUGGUAUGGAUAUGGAUAUGUCAAUUAUAACUAAUUCAGCGAAUAGUAAUGCUAAGUCCGUUUCUCAUUCUGGAUCUGGUUCUGGUUCUGAAGCUAGUUCUGCUUCUGAAGCUGAUUCUGGUGCUGUCAAUGAUUCUGAAUCAGGUUCUGGCUCUAGUUCUAGCGCUGCUUCCAAUUCUAUCUCUAAAUCUAAGUCUAAGUCUAAAUCUGGUUCUGGUUCCGGUGCUGGUUCUGGUGCAAGUUCCGGUGCUGGUGCUGCUUCUGAUUCUAGUUCAGGUGCUGUCAAUGAAUCUGAAUCAGGUUCUGGCUCUAGUUCUAGCGCUGCUUCCAAUUCUAUCUCUAAAUCUAAGUCUAAGUCUAAAUCUGAUUCUGGUUCAGGCGCUGCUUCUAGUGCAAGUUCCGGUGCUGGUGCUGAUUCUGAUUCUGGUUCAGGCGCUGCUUCUGGUGCAAGUUCCGGUGCUGGUGCUGAUUCUGAUUCUGGUUCAGGCGCUGCUUCUGGUGCAAGUUCCGGUGCUGGUGCUGAUUCUGAUUAUGGUUCAGGCGCUGCUUCUGGUGCUGGUUCGACCGCUGGUUCUAGUUCUCGUUCUAGCUCGAAAUCAAAGGGCAAGAGCACUUCUGAAACAGGAGAUAAUAGUGGAUUAGGAAUGAUUCCUACUAGUAUGAUUGGUUCAACCAUUGGCGAUAUGAUGAAAACAGUCAAAAGUAGUUCUAGUAGUGCAACAUCAAUGACUAACUCUAUGACUGAUACUGAUUCUGGUGUUAGGAACGGUCCUGGUUCAAGUUCAAGCUCAAGUUCAAGUUCAGGAUCAACCGGUGGUUCACGUUCUAACGGUAAAAAAACUACAGGUUCAACCGCUCAAUCUUCCGCUGGUUCUUCUGCUUCAUCUACCAGUGAUGACUCAAAAUCAGGCAAAGCUCCUAAAUCCAACACUGGAUCUGGUUCAGGUUCUAGUUCAAGCUCAACUUCAGGAUCAAGUUCAAGCUCAACUUCAGGAUCAAGUUCAAGCUCAACUUCAGGAUCAACUGAUGAUUCAGGCUCUAACGGUAAAAAAGGUUCAUCCCCUCAAUCUUCCGCUAGCGCUGCUGCUUCAUCAUCUACCAGUGCUGACUCAAAAUCAGGCAAAGCUCCUAAAUCCAACACUGGAUCGGGUUCAGGUUCUAGUUCAGGAUCAAGUUCAAGUUCAAGUUCAACUUCAGGAGCAACCAGUGGUUCAGGUAAAGCUACUCAAUCCAACACAGGAUCUGGUUCGAGUGCUAGUUCUGUCUCUAACUCGGGCUCUAGUGGAAACUCACUGCGACCCUCGAAUAGUGUAGCUAAAUCAUCUUCAUCUUCAAAGUCCACCACAGACAAUAACGGAAAAGGGUAUUCCUCGGGUUCAGGGUCAUCAAAACAAGGAAAAGAUAAACCAAUUGGACCCAAUUCCUCUUCGAGCUCUUCUGCAACUUCAAUGGCAAACGCCAAUUCAGUUUCCAAGCAAAACUCAAAUCCAAAAGGUCCAUCAGAGUCUGAAAUCAUGAGUAUUAAAACCCCAGUAAUGGCUAUUGGUGUAUCAGCCCCUGCCAUGGCUGGCUAAAUGAAACUUUUCUUGUUCAUGUUUUAAGAAAAACGUUAAUAAUUCAUAAUAAAUAAAAAAUAUCAAUA